UCCUCCAUCUGAGAGAUGCUGCUGCUGCUGUCCCUGCUGUGGGCAGGGACCCUGGCACAGGAUGACAGAUACCAGUUGGAAGUGCAGGAAUCCGUGACGGUGCAGGAGGGCCUGUGUGUCUCUGUGCCCUGAGUCUUCUCCUAUCCCAGGAAGAAAAGGACUUACGCUGCCCCAGUUCAUGGCUACUGGUUCUGGGAAGGGGCUGACACAUUCAAGGAUGCUCUAGUGGCCACAAACAACCCAGAGAGUAAAGUACAGGAGGAGACUCAGGGCCGAUUCCACCUCCUCGGGGAUCCCCGGACCAACAACUGCUCCCUGGACAUCAGAGACGCCAGGAGGAGGGACGAUGGAAAAUACAUUUUUCGAGUGGAGAGGGGGAGUAUGAAAUGGACUUACAAAUCUAACUCUCUCUCUCUGCAUGUGACAGCCCUGACCCACACACCUGACAUCCUCAUCUCGGGGACCCUGGAGUCUGGCCACCCCAAGAACCUGACGUGCUUUGUACCCUGGGCCUGUGAGGGUACGCCCCCCAUCUUCUCCUGGACAACAGCAGCCCUCACCUCCCUGGGCCCCAGGACACAACUCUCCUCAGUGCUCACCCUCACCCCCCGGCCCCAGGACCAUGGCACCAACCUCACAUGUCAAGUGAAGUUCCCUGCAGCUGGUGUGACUGUGGAAAGGACCAUCCAGCUCAACAUCACCUGGGAACCUGGGACCAUGACUGGUGUGAUUCAGGGAGCCAUUGGGGGAGCUGGUGUCACUGUUUUUCUCUUUCUCUGCCUUGGCCUCAUCUUCUUCAUAGUGAAGACCUGCAGGAAAAAAGCAGCCAGGACAGCAGUGUACGUGAAUGACAUCCACCCUGCCGUUGGACGAGCUUCCCUGAGUCACCAAUCUUUCACAGGAUAAAUCCUCAGGAGGGCACCUAGAGGACCCAUUGAGCAGUCAACGGGAGCAUCAGUCUCAGCCAGAGCAUCCACAUCCCCUACAGGAAGGGGGCCCAAAGGAUGAACACUGGAGACUUUCCAUCCCCAUAGGCAAUGAACUUAUAAACUAUUAUUUGUGAGUUUCCUGCUAUACUGGAACUAUAUUAGGCUUUUCAAUCAGAAAGAUGAGGGAUCAAAUACAUGGCCUUUUAUUUAUUAAGAAUAUAACAUCAUGCAAGCCACCUUACCCUUCCAUGUCUCAGUUUCCUGCCUUGUGAAAUGGACGUAAGAAGUCCUACCUCACAGGUUUGCCAUGAGGAUUAAAUGAAAAUACAUAUGGAAAACAUCCA